AUGGUGAGAAGCAUGAUGUGUUGCACAACACUACCAAUUUUCUUAUGGGGUGAAGCUUUGAAGACAGCAAAUUAUUUGCUUAAUAGAACACCUACCAAAGGUGUUGACAAAACCCCCUAUGAAAUCUGGUGCAAUAGAAAACCAAGUUUCAAUCACUUGAGAACUUGGGGAUGCAGAGCAGAAGCAAAGAUCUAUAAUCCAAUGCAAAAGAAGCUUGACUCAAAGACAGUUAGUUGUUAUUUUGUGGGAUAUCCAGAUAGGACAAAAGGCUACAUAUUUUAUUGCCCAAAUCACACCACCAGAUUUGUAGAGACACAAAGGGCUGUUUUCAUUGAAGAAGAGAAGGAAGAAACAAAUAAAGCAGAUUUUGAGUUUGAAGAAAUAAUAGAAAGCAAAGAAAAUGCAGAAGCUGGAAAUAAAGAAAAGGGAGUGACUAUCUUGACUUUCGACAACUUGAAUAAAGAAAUCUCACCUGCACAUGAAGACUUAAACAAUCAUCAAAAUCCAGAAGUUGAAAUACAACAAACUGCAGAAGUUGAAAUGCAGUUAAAUCUUCCAGAACAACCUCAGACCAUAGAAUUAAGGAGAUCCCAAAGAACUAGAAGACCAGCUCUACCAAAUGACUAUUUUGUCUAUUUGCAAGAAUCUGAGUUUGACAUCAACGCCAUAGAAGAUCCUACCACUUAUAAACAAGCCAUGGAAAGUGAGAAAAAUCAACAUUGGUUUGCAGCCAUGGAGUCUGAACUUGAAUCAAUGAGCAAGAAUGGUGUAUGGAGUUUAGUUGAAUUACCAUCAGGAUCUAAACCUAUUGGCUGCAAGUGGGUCUACAAAACCAAGAGGAAUGCACAAGGGAAAAUAGACAGAUACAAAGCCAGAUUAGUGGCAAAAGGGUUUACACAACAAGAAGGAGUGGAUUAUAAUGAAGCUUUUUCUCCUGUGUCAACAAAAGACUCAUUCAGAGUCAUCAUGGCUUUGGUUGCACAUUUUGAUCUGCACUUGCAUCAAAUGGAUGUCAAGACAACCUUUCUAAAUGGAAAUCUAGUUGAAGAGAUUUACAUGAAACAGCCAGAUGGUUUCGUCUUAAAAGGGAGAGAGAAUUUAGUAUGCAGACUGCAGAAAUCAAUUUAUGGUUUAAAACAGGCUUCAAGACAGUGGUAUCUUAAAUUUGAUGAGAUAAUAAAAUCUCAAGGUUUCAUUGACAAUCCAGUGGAUGAAUGCAUUUACAUGAGGUUCAAUGGAAAGGAUUUUAUUAUCCUACUCUUAUAUGUAGAUGACAUCCUGUUAGCAAGCAGUAAUUUGUCCUUGUUACAUGACACCAAGAGAAUGUUGUCUACUCAUUUUAAUAUGAGUGAUCUAGGAGAAGCCAACUAUGUGCUAGGAAUCGAAAUUAGCAGAGACAGAGACAGAAAGUUGAUAGGUUUAUCUCAGAAGGCUUAUAUUGAGAAGAUACUUAAGAGGUUUAAUAUGGAAAAUUGCACAGGCUGUGAUGUUCCAUUCUCAAAAGGUGAUAAGCUUAGCAGUGAACAGUCUCCCAAGACUGAACAAGAAAGGAUAGAGAUGCAGGACAAGCCUUAUGCCUCAUUAGUAGGAAGCCUCAUGUAUGCUCAGGUUUGUACUCGACCUGACCUUGCAUUUUGUAUAAGUGUUCUUGGCAGAUUUCAGUCCAAUCUAGGCCAGGCACAUUGGGUUGCAGGGAAAAAGGUGUUAAGGUACCUACAGAGGACUAAGGAGUAUAAACUGGUCUAUAGAAGAGUUGAAGAACUGAAGCUAGAAGGCUACACAGAUGCUAACUUUGCAGGCUGCUUGAUUCAGUUAUGUUAA